GAAUGUUUGCGUGGGCUUCCCUCAGGCUCUCUCCUCCUCUCUCCUCUCUGAACGUUUGCUUGCAGACCAGCGCCGUUGUGCAAAUCGACGGAGAAGAAGACAAGAAGUCAUGGUUUCUGAGAAGUUUUACCUGCGCCUGCUCACCUUUGUGGCCCUACUGACUGUACUGGCUCUCUCAGAUGUUGCUAGUGAGAACACCCUGGAAAAACUCUUGAUGAAAAGAGUGGACGCUGAUGUAAAGCCAGCUGCAGCUGUGGCUGUGACUCCCUCCAAGGCCAAACAGUUCCUGGCCUCCCUUAAAAGGCCCAGAAGAAACCUGUGGGACCGCAGCCGGCCUGACGUUCAGCAGUGGAUCCAGCAGUUCAUGUACAUGGGCUUUGAUGAAGCAAGACUUGAAACUGAUCUCGCCUAUUGGAUGGACCACCACCAAUCCAGUGACCAAGGUCGCCAGCAUCACUAUGAUGAAAACUCUCCCAUAGGACCUCGGAACGCUGGGUCAUACAGGCAUGGAGCAAAUGUCAACUAUGACUACUACUAAAAGACCAUGUCCUCCCAGAACCACGUCACUGCUGCCCAGAAUACAGUUCUAAGACAUAAUCACUCUGAUUUACUGCACAAUGAUGUCAGCUUGCUUAUUUUGUAACUUGUACUCAAUUUUGUAAAUUGUAAGAACAGAUAGAACAUCAAAAUAACAUCAAUUUGUAAGGAAUAGUUCACACAUAAAUGAAAAUUCUAUCAUUACUUUUACUCCAAAAUGACAAAUCCCAGAAAAAAAUAUCAUAAAAGUAGGCCAUAUGAUAAAUUUGUGAUAAAAGACUGAAAUGUAGUUCAUUACUGAUAAUAUUGUCCUCCACUGUAGGAUUUUAGAGCUUGAAAGCCCCAGUCUUCAUUCGCUUUCAUAAUAAUGA